CCGGUUGUGACAAUGGCAGUUGAUGGAACUCACAUAAAGAUAAUGGCUCCAACGAGAGAUAAACAUCUUUAUUAUAAUCGCAAAGGAUUCUCAAGUCUGAACGUUAUGAUAGUGAGACUUUUAUAUUUAUCUUUAAACUGAAUAUUUAUAUAUAUUCGCUUUUCUGAAUGUAUAUAGGUGUGCGACCACAAAAUGCAAAUACGCUACGUUAGUGCAAAAUAUCCUGGCAGUAGUCACGAUUCUCAUAUAUGGGAUUUGAGUGACAUAAAAACUAUCAGCACAACCAAUUAUCGGAGAGGAAAUGCAAAUUUAAUAUUAGGAGACAAAGGGUAUCCUCUUCAACCAUGGCUCAUAACUCCAUUUAGAGAACCAAUCACAUGCCUCAGAAAAAGAAGAUUUAAUACGUAUCAUGCUAAAGGCCGAAUAGUUGUUGAGAAAACAAUAGGUUUAUUAAAAUCAGUAUUUUGUUGCCUUUGCAGUGAACGAGGACUACAUUACGCACCAUAUAAAACAGCGCGUAUUGUUAAUUUCUGCUGUGCAUUGCAUAAUAUUCGUUUGCAUUUUAAUUCUAACGAAAAUUUUAAUGAGCCACACCUGGAUAUAUCUGAAAAUGAAUAUUCAAACAAUGAUGACAAUGAUUUAAAUGAUAUGCCUACCGACGAAGCAAAUAGAAUAAGAGAAACUUUUUUUAGAUAUGUUUUAGUAUAA